AAGAAUGGAUUUGACAUACAACUUCUAGAUUUUUAAGACACUAAAACAUAUUUGCACUGCAGAAAUGUAUAUUAGUUAUAAUAAUGCAUGUAUUUCAUUUGGAUGCUCGUUAUUUAAACAAAACGUGGUCUAAAAAUGUUAUCUGUAUCCUUCAUUUGUCAAAUUUGGGUGGAAAAGGGUAAGGAUAGUAUCUUUCAUUGCCAUAAAUAAACUCAUCAUAGAUACCGGGAUUGAAAUUUAGUAUUUACGACAGACCCGCGUUUCGUCUACAAAAGACCAAAUACAGCUAAGGUAAUCUAUUCUUGAAGUAGAAAAGCCUUAGUAUUUCAAAGUAUUGUAAACUGUCAAUUUAUUAUUAUGACCAUAUCAAUGACAAUUCAAGUCAACAGAGAAGUGCUGACUACUUAAUGUAUAGUACAAAACAAAAAUGAUCUCGAUGUUUCAAAACUUGAGACGUUCUUGAAAUCCAUGUGAUAUGUCGGCUUAUUAACUCACGCAUACUGUUAUAGAUGAUAGUGAAGGAAAUGUGUAUAACAACAACUGUUCAGUCAUUACUUUCCAUAUACAAGUACCGUAUUUCCACCAAAGGCGACGUCACUGACCAUACGAUGUCGACAAUUGACAAGUACAAUAGUAUGGACGUUAUAUUCCCGCGACAAUCUCAACAAAUAUGUCAGUUUCAAAUGUUAAAAGAGGUGGAGAUCCACAAAAUAGCAGUUUGUAUUUUAGAUGAAAACUGAUUAAACAAAUAAUUUUAUGAAUUCAGAGAUAUUAAAGAUUGUUUACAGGAAACCUAGAUGUUCGUCAGUAUUUCAAACUAUGCACAGUUAAAUGUUAAGCAUGUUAAUACAAGGAACACUUUGGUAAGAUUUGCGAAUCAUUUUAUUGCUUUUGGAAUCAAUCAGACAUUUAUCGAAAAAGAUGUUUAAACAAAUAAUUUACCUUUCACUAGUAGUACACAUACAAUUGCAGCAUAUAUCAUUGUAGCUUUUCCCCUGUUGGCUAGACUCAUCUGAAAACAUAGAUGUUCGGUGCAUAUUACAUGUUGUACAAGUUAAACUCUAUUUCUAUGAAUGCAGGUACACGCGUUUUUUUGUUUUUUUUUUAUGUAUAUAGAAUAUUGCAAUUGUUGUUCACGAUUUCAAAUCUGUUACUUUUAAUUCAUCAAAUCGGUAGUUUUUAAAGUUAUUUAUCAUAAAAUUGAUAAAAGUACCAAACAAAAAUCUCUUAAUUUUCAUUCAAGUCACUCGUAUAGAUCAAAGACAAAACUGAGUAAAACUAAAAACACAAUCGAUAAACCUCACAGAUCGACAAUAAAUGAAAGUCGAAAUAUUUGAAUAAUUGAUUGGAAUAUUGUACAGAUACUUUUCGUUUAAUUUGAACUGUGAAAUAAGAAAGAAGUAAUGAUUAAAAAGAAGCAUGUGAAAGCUAAAACAACUGUUUGAAAAGAAAAAAAAAUAUAUAAAUCAAAGACUGACUGUUUAGGUAGAUAACAAGAUAGUUGUGUUUCACUCCGGAGGAUAAAGUUUGACGUUCUUGUCAGUUUUUAUGGAAUUUCCUUUUUUCAAUUUUCAUUACAUUUCAGUAUUUUGCUUUUCUUUUUAAAUACCUUGAAAUUACGUAAGAAAGUUAUUAAUUAAGUUUCGUUUUUUCAUCUGAUUCAAUAAAUAUAUAUUUUACAGCAUCCCAGAGUAAGGAAGAUCUAAAAAAGAAAGAAAAAAAACGAAAAAAAAAGGAGGCGUGGUAUAAUUGCCAAUGGGACAUCUAUCACAGUCUAAGAUUUGAAUUUAGGCAAACAUCAGUCACUGUACAGUCUUCAACAAUGAAUCUAACUGAUAUGAGAUAAGCAGCUACAAAAAAAUACUCAAACUUGACAAAAUGAGUCACAAUUAAAAAAAAAAAGCAACAGCAAAAUGAUUGACACAUUGAUAAACAGUUAAAAUACAUGCAACUGACAGCAACCAAAGACAACCUCUGAAUGACAGGCUCAAAACAUUGGACAAGUAUUCAAGAGUGGCAGGGCUAGAUGUAUUUGCUUUCACCUAAACCAUUCCUUAACAUGGGACAAGUGAUAACAUGUGAAAUACAAGUUAAAACACGUAAUCUUUAUUUAUUAAAACACAUUAAUAAUAUCCACUUUAAUAGUAUGAAGAUUAAGUAGUAACAAUACAAUUACUGUAAAUAAUGAAAAUAAAACUACCAAUUAUACAAACGAUUGAUAGUAUGCGUACAUGUACCUAUCAAAUUGGCUUUUUCAUAUUAUUAAUUUGCUAUAUCAUCAGUGUAACUUGAAAAAGAAAACAAAUAUAUAGAUAGUGAAAUAUGCUAACUUAUAUGUAGGGAAUUGAACAUUAUUUUUAUAGAAUAUAUUAGGUAUACUUUCGUAAAACAGAGCAACCGUAAAUAAAAAUUAAGACAUGUGGAAUAAUUGCAAAUUAGACAACUUUCCACCAAAGCUCCAAUGAAGUUGAUGUUAGCAAUAAAUAGGCAACCGUAAGGCCUCAAACAAUGAGAAACGUAUUGUCAACUAUAAAAGGGCCCGAUAUGAAAAAUUUGAAACAAUUUCAAUUGAAAAACUAAGUCUAUACACAGAUUAGUCAAUUAGGAUAGAAACAAACUAAAGACAAAAAAGCAAAAUGCCGUCUUAAACAAAAGACAAAAGUGUAUAUUGAUAUGCCAAGCUCUAAAUCGUCUUGCACUAUGUAUAAAAAGUAAAAUCACAAAAAUUCAAAACGGAAAGUCCCUAAUCAAAUGGCAAAACCAAAUGAUAAAACACAUCAAACGAAUAGACAACAACUGUCAUAUUCCUGACUUGGUACAGGCAUUUUUGAAUGAAGAAAUGGUGGAUUGAACCUGGUUUUAAAGCGCUAAACCUCUCGCUUGUAUGACAGUCGCAUCCCCGAAUUGAUUUACUUAUUAACAUCAGCUAAAAAGUGUUUUCGUGUAAUGAAAGGUUUCAUUCCCAUGAAAAGACAAAAAGGAACAAAAUAAUCAUGAUAAUUCGAAGGUUAAGAUUAAGUUAGAGCAACAAACGCGAAAGUUUCUCAAAAUCAGAAAACUAAAUAAACGAACAGAUAAAACGUAUCCGAUAAGUUACACUUCUGUAAAUAUAGACAAAUCAAAUCCCUAUAGGAAAUCCUAUUAUGGCUAAAACUUUGCCACUUUUAUCUUGAAGUUUCGUGAAACAAUUAUAUUCUUAAAUGGGAAAUUUAAAUGCACUAUUCUUUUUUUCAUGGGUCGAAGCAUAGGGUUGUGUGGAAUAUGUUCGACAUUUAUACUACAUAUCCCUUUACUUUAUGUCUUCUUCAUAAUACAAUUUUACCGCUAUGUGCAUGUUAUCAGAUAACAUACCCAAAUUAUCUCUCUGUGAGAUAAAACAUACAGACCAUAAUUGGGAACCAGUACGUAAACAAAACAAAUUUUAUGACUAUAACAUACCAAAAGAGGCGUUGUUGUGAAACAGCUGUAUUUACAAAGUGCAAUCUGUGUUGAGACUGUUAAGGGAGAGUUAAUCUAGAACUGUACUGAUUUUCAUUUUCUGGCAGGAUGGUUUCUGAAAUAUUCAGAUUGAACUGUAUUGUGACAUAGACAUACAUACUUUGAUUAUAAAGUCGAUCUCGAUAUAUUACGCUAGAGCAACACAAAAAAGCUAAAAAAAAAAUUAAAAACCUUUUGAAAAUUAAAUAAAAAAAUUUUCAGAAAAAACAAAAAAAUUUCGAGAUUUACAUUUAUCGACAGAUUGAUGAAUUGAAUUUCAUUAAAGAAAAUUUACUUUUUUCUAGGACUAUCAAAAGUAAUCAGUGAAGUUAUUUAUUUGAGAUAUAAUCCCAGUAGCACAGUCAGACUUGCGUCAACGUAUUAAAUGUACUUAAACUCGUACAGUUUUGUAAGUUUCGAAACCAGUGGAAUUUUAGUGAAAACUAUAUGUGGUUAGAUUAUAUCCAAAUGGUUUUAUCCUUGUUUUCCGAUACAGUGUAUAUCGAUUUACAUUUUGGAUUAGAUUAUUUUCUAAUAUAAGAAAGAAGCGACUGCCGUUAUGCUGCUAAAACACACACGGAUAUGUUUUUGGUACUUAGCAUUUGUUAGCACAUAUGAUGCAGCUUUUGAAAUAUUCGAGGGAAAAGUUAUAAAGAGCACCAAUACAUCAGCAAUCAAAUUUACUUGUAAAACUUACCAACGACCAGUUGGAGAUAGUAUAGUGUUUCUUCUUAACGACAGAACUACAAAUGUCAUGCGCGUCUACGAAGGAAAAUGUUAUGAUAACCAAGGAGAAUGUAAAAACUGUACUUGUUCUUCUUCGCGCAAUGAGAUAACUUUCACAUGGAUGUAUAUUAUGACUGUUCCCUGUCACAACUGUACAUUUGGAGCUGACAUGAGCUAUACUGAUGAAAAUAAAAGAAAAAGCAGGAACGUUAACUUAUACAGGGUAUACAACUGCAAAGAUUUAGGGCCUCUUCAAAGGAAUACACAAGAAGUUCAGCAUAAUACAAAGCAAGUAGAAGGUAUGAAAGAAGAUGGCUUUGUAGUUCCAAUAAUAUUCAUCUGCGUCACAGCUAUAGUCAUAUGCUUCAUAACCACGAUUUUAGUGUUGAAAAGAAAACAAAUAAAGCAGCGUAUUCGACCUCGAGUGAAGAAACAAGAUACCGAGGAAGAGUUACUGGCCAAUACAGAUAUGACACACUCGGCUUGUGCCUCGAAACUGUGCAAGCCUGUGCAGAUUUCAGUACAAUUAUCAGGGCAAAUAACGUUAGAAGGCGAAUCUGAUAUUUUUGGAAUAAUUUCUAUUUCGAAAUCCAAAUUGGUAGUUGCUGAUAAUUUUGGCAAUAUUUUAAAGAUAUAUUCGGAUGGCCAGUGCAAGCUUAAAUGUCCUCUACUUUAUAAAAUAAAUGGAGUAACCAGUGUUUCUGAAGAUGUUAUUGCAGUGACCCUUGUGAACAACAAAAACAUUUAUCUCUAUACACUUGAAAACGACGGAUGUAAAUUAUUGGAUACAAUUAAAGUCGGUUACAACAUAGUUGAUAUAGCAUCGGACAAAGAUUAUAUAGUUUUCGAACAGAAGAAUGAAAACACCAAACAGACAUCUUUGAAAAUAUGGAAUGUCAAAUCAAAAAUAAUAGAGAAUAUCAUAAAUGUUCCUUAUUCAAAUUCUGGUUCCAAUAAACUGGCAAUUGACAUGUCCUCAGAAACAAUCUACGCAUGCGCUGAAAAUAGUGUGUUUGCUGUAAGCUUUAAAAAGGAUAAAGAUUGGAGCAUGGUGGUUCCAGAUCCAACAGCAAUCGUUCUAGUUCAAGCUGGUGAAAAUAAUCGGAUGGUUCUGGUAUUGUACAAAAAUCAAAACGAAAUAUAUCGUGUGAGCAAAAAUGAAGUUAUUCGAGUAGAAAAAAUAGAAGAAAAAGAAAAGAACGAGAAAAAACGAAAAGAAAAUGGAGACGAAGAGGAAGAAGCAGGAAAAGUAGAAAUACAAAAAUCAUCCACGUUUAAUCGUAUGACUUACAAUGCCGAACUUAAGCAGCUUUUUGUGCAGACUGCCAAAAAUGUUAUAAGCGUAUAUGACAUUACAUAUUGAUCGAUAUGGUUUAGUCAGUAGUCUUGUUGAUGAUUAUAUGUGAUGUUAACUAUUUGUCAUUACUAACAUUUAGAAUUGUUUUAUUACAUGUAAUGACAUAUUUGUCCAUAAUCCUUGUGUAAAUUCAUGUUGAUGAUUUCAAAAGAAAAUUAGUUGUUCCUUAACAAGAAAACGAUUAAAAGAUUAGCAAUUGA